GAAGGGGCGCGGGCCGACGGCGGCGGCGGCGGAAGGACGGAGGAGCGCCGGCGCCGCUUCGCUGCCCUCCGCGUGGUCCCGUGCCUCCCCGACACCAUGGCCCUGGCUGAGGUAGUAGUUUGUGCUGUUGGUCGGGUUGUGACAUUGCCCGCUGUGGAGAUAACUGCGCAAGCUACUGCCUUGCUAGUGCUGGUGAUGCUCAGCGCCGCGGAGGACAAUGGCUGGGAAUCCCCUUUGUUUUCCGGGGCGCGGGGGCCCGGGGACAGCCCGGAGCCCCGGCGCCGGGUCAGCCCGGCCGCCUCGGAAACCGUUAGUUUUACGUUUUCCUGGAAGAAGGAAUUGCGGGGAGAGGGGUGGACCGCGAUGCAUUUUAACGCUUGGGAAAGAGCUAAGCCAUUGGAUUCGCUCUCUUGAAGGAGUGGAAUUGUGUAAGAUACGGACAUAACUUCACCGUAAAUAAUUUUAACGUUUCAUUCAGUAGUUAAUGCAAAUGUAGUUUGCACCUGUUUUACUUCAGUCUUUAGCUGUGGGUCAGAGGGGAAUGAAAUAGCAUUUUCGUGCAGAAAUAGCAUUCUAGGGGCACAAUAGUAAACCCAGUAAUUAAAGUUUAUGCCUUCAUAUUUUAGAUCUGGUUUUUUUUGAUACGCUCUGGCAAUAAAAUUUAAGAGUGUCUUUAAAAAUGUAAACCUAAAACAAUGUAAAGUUUCUAUUUAAACUUGGCGACUCCUUAAAUGAAAAGAUUGAAUCUAUAGUUAAUUGCACUAUGCAGAUUUUUUAAUGUAAGAGGUAAAAAAAAUAAAACAUGUGCUGUGAGUGA